GCACACAGAUUGUUUUUGUUUGUCGAAGCCAACUAGCCAACUAACCAACAUGCCCACCUUUGAGGAGAUCGUCGAGAAGGCCAAGAACUUCAAGAACCUGCCUAGCAAGGAGGAGUUCCUCGAGUUCUACGGCUACUACAAGCAGGCCACCGUCGGCGACUGCAACAUCGAGGAGCCGGAAGAUGAGGAGAAGAAGGCCCGCUACAACGCCUGGAAGAGCAAGGCCGGUCUGACCGCCGAUGAUGCCAAGGCCUACUACAUCGAGGUCUACAAGAAGUACGCUCCCCAGUACGAAUAAGUGCUAUCCUAGUGCAAGACCCAUUCCCUUGAUCAUCUAACGAUGCUUAAGUUGGAUAAUUGUUGUAAUUCUGUAUUUAUUGUAAUUUUAUAAUAAACCAAACACGUAUGCAUUUAAACUGAACGCAACCAGCAUUCUUUCACAACAUGCUUAUCUGAAUGUGAUUAGGCUGUAUCGCAUUGCAAAUUGUACUUAACUAUUUUUUAUUUUCGUUUGACAAGCAUACGAUGAUUGAAAUAAUAUUACCCAUAUCACAUUUAGCUGAUUCUUCUACAAUUCAUUUUAUCAAUAUAAUAUCUUUGCCUUAAGUCUGAUCGAUAUGAGUAACUCAAGGCUGUACAAAUAUGGCAAAAAAGUUAUAAUAUGACAGUCCCAUUCAUAAAAAAUAAAACCUUGCAC